CACUCGGUUUUAGCUACAAUGGACCGUUGAGGAAGACACUCGAGCCGAACGUGUAGAGGAACCGUCCUCCCAGCUCACCAAUCUGCACGGGAUCCUCGUCCAUUUCACCGUUGUUUCUCUUCUCCACGAGUCGACUCCGGUAAUCAUUGUCUGUUCAGACUGCAGCAUCCAAUCUUGAAGGUUCAUUUCUGCGUGGAACAUUGCAAAGGAAGUCGCUGACGAAUACCACAUUUCUGUUUGAGUUUAUGCCAAAAUUAGUUCUGGGCAAUUCUACUGUGGUCGAAACUAAAAAUGAUAUCCAUUAAGAAACUUGGGUAUCAUUGGACUUCAAUUUCCUCUUCUGCCCUUGCUUUCUUGCUUGAUGGCAAUCAGUACAAGAUAACCAGGAUGCAUAGAUGUCGACCUGGGCCUUACUUGAACUAUGGGUAUAGUUGUCGAUUCAUGGAUUUCUUUUUGAACAAAUCGAACAUGAAAAGUCUUUUUACAAGUUCAGUGAAUGGAUUUAAAUUCCUAACCUGGCCCUCAUUCUCCACCAUGGCUGGUUCAAUCCUGGUGCAGGCUAGGGAUCCUUCAAAAAUAACAAUGGAAUUAGGAAAUGCUAUUGAUGACCAUAUGUUUGAUGAUGCAUGGAAGUUGUAUGAACUUCACAUGCAAAUCGAAGGGCUCCCUAGGAAAUCUGUACUGAACAAGGUUCUCACGGGUUUUGCUGGAAGCCCUGACAUUUACUGGCUUGAGAAAGCUUACAGUUUGGUGGAAAUGGUUAUUGAGAAGGGAAAACAUUAUCUGUUAGAGAAGGAUACUCUGAUAUAUCUGUCUUAUAUGCUUGCAAGGAGUAGAUUGCCUGUUCCCUCUUCAACAGUUGUGAGAAAAUUGGUAGAAAUGGAGGAAUUUCCUCCUGUAUCUUCUUGGUCAGCAAUUGUUGCCCACAUGGCACAAACAGCACCUGGGGCUUACCUUGCUGCAGAGUUGAUUCUAGAGAUAGGAUACUUAUUCCAGGAUAACAGGGUGGACCCACGGAAAAAGAGCAACAGACCUAUGCUUGCCAUGAAACCAAACACUACUGUUUUUAACAUCGCUUUAGCUGGGUGUUUGUUAUCUGGGACUUAUAGAAAAGCUGAACAACUUCUUGACAUGAUGCCACGAGUUGGUGUGAAAGCUGAUGCAAAUUCACUUAUCACUAUGGUACACAUAUAUGAAAGAAAUGGACGUAGAGAAGACCUCAAGAAGCUUAAGAGAAACAUAGAUGAAGCUUGCAGCUUAGGUGAUCUUCAGUUUCAACAGUUCUAUAAUUGUUUGCUGACAUGCCAUUUGAAUUUUGGGGACAUGGAUUCUGCAUCCCAGAUUGUAUUGGAAAUGCUCAGAAAGGCAAAAGAUGCUCGAAAGUCUCUUGCUUCAGCAACACUUGUACUUGAAGCUGUUGGAACUAAGAAGUCCUCUCUUGCACAAAAUCCUGAGCAAAUUUCUUUUGGAAAAUCUGAGGUUUCAGGUGGUAUUAAAUUACUUGAGCACCAUGCCCCAUCUUACGAGGAAUUUUCUAGAGAUAGAAGUUAUGCAAGGCUUGAGGUUGAGGCAAAAGAAAUGCUUGAUAUGCUAUUAGCUAAACUUCAAACACGAGUUGAACUGGUUACAUCUAAACAUGGUAUUCUCCAGCCAACUGAAAAAAGUUAUGCCAAACUGGUUAAGGCCUUUCUUCAAGCAGGAAAAGUUAAGGAUUUAGCUGAGUUUUUAAUCAAGGCAGAUAAAGAAGAUGGCCCAGUUUCCCCUGAGAACUCAGCUGUGGUCCAUGUAAUUAAUGCUUGUAUAUCACUUGGAUGGUUAGAUCAAGCGCAUGACCUACUUGAUGAGAUGCGAUAUGCUAGGGUAAGGACUAACUCUUCUGUCUACUCUUCCCUCCUAAAAGCCUAUUGUAAAGCAAACCGACCAGAAGAGGUGACUUCUCUUCUAAGAGAUGCUCGUAAAGCUGGGGUUCAACUUGAUUCAAGCUGCUAUGAGGCAUUGAUCCAAUCUAGAGUCAUUCAGAAAGAUACUCAAGGUGCUCUUGAUCUAUUCAAAGAGAUGAAAGAGGCCAAGAUCUCAAAACCUAUUCAUCGAGAAUUUGAGAUGUUAGUAAAGGGUUGUGCAGAAAGUGGUGAAGCAGGUAUGAUGGCAAAACUGUUGGAAGAAAUCAAAGAAGGGCAAARAGCAGAUUGUGGGGUGCAUGACUGGAAUAAUGUGAUCCAUUUUUUCUGUAGGAAGAGACUAAUGCAAGAUGCUGAGAAGGCUCUAAAAAAGAUGAGGGCUUUGGGGCAUCUACCAAAUGCACAGACUUUUCAUUCAUUAGUCACUGGGUAUGCUGCCAUUGGGGGAAAGUACCUUGAGGUAACAGAGUUGUGGGGUGAGAUGAAGGUUCUUGCAUCUUCUAGUUCUAUGAAAUUUGAUCAGGAGCUCCUGGAUUCCUUACUUUAUGUCUUUGUAAGGGGUGGAUUUUUCUUGAGAGCAAAUGAAGUUGUAGAAAUGAUGGAAGUAGAGAACUUGUUUAUUGACAAGUACAAAUACAGGACCCUCUUCUUGAAAUACCACAAAACACUUUACAAAAAAAAGGCCCCCAAGUUCCAAACAGAAGCCCAGUGCCAAAGGAGAGAAGCAGCAUUGGCAUUUAAGAAGUGGGUGGGCUUAUUUUAAUGGAAGUCCUUUGUUGGUUGAAUUCUUGCUGAAAUUAUGAAGUCAAGAUGGAAGCUCAGGCUGUGAUGGCUAAAAAUAUAUUAGCUUUAGCAGUUGGUAUAUCAAAAAUCAACUGGGUGGCUUUUGCAAAAAAUCAUUAGGAAUCCACUUACCAACUUUUAUGGACUGUAGUCACGACCAUAAUUGCUGAAUGCCAUCUCAUUCAGACUGUUCACCAUCAAUAACUUUCCACCAAGUACUUUUAUGAUCUGAUAGCAUGGGUGGAAUGACAUAUAUGGCAUAUUUAUUUGAGCUUGCAGGCCCAGACCGCUUGCUUGUAAGAGAGCUUCUCUAAGUGCCAUCUGGUAGUGGUAGUUUAUCUGGGGUCAUCAGUCUCCUGAAUCAUGGUUUAUCUUUUAUGGGAUUUGGAAAGUCUGCUCAGUUGAGGUUUUUAGAACAUUUAACUGGGAAGCUUCUUUCUGUUUUUUGAUCACUAAACUGGUUGGAUUGAAAUGGCCAGUGGAUGGUGUAUUUGAGGAUACUAAUAUAAAUCCAGCUAGCAUUUACAACUAUGAAUAUCCUUGUUUGGGGCAUUGAUCAAAAAGGAAUAGCGGGGCAGGAUUGAUGUAUUCGAUCCUAUAUAGUUAGGACAAAGUUUAGCUGAUAAUAAUGAUGAUGAUGUGAAUCCUUUUUUGAAGUUAAAGACUUCAGGUUCAAGCUCCA